AGCUACGGAAAGAAGCAGUCAUGAGCGAGACUGACUUCGCUCAUGUGCGUCAGUUUGGAUUGCUGGUUGAGGUUCAAUCGGGUGGGUGCCUUGCUUUGUGCACAAAUUAACCCUACAUAUGCAAAGAUUGUUCAAGUAUGACGCGUUUACGUGUGGAAAAUCACACUAUAUCUUUAAACUCACAAACACUAAUCUUGAUGUGCUCUACAUUCCAUACGAAGCGUUCGGGAGAGCUUGGAAGAGGCCAUAUUGCUGGAAUGCGUUUCACAUUGCUUCGAGUGAAACAUACCGUAAUAUGAGAUUUCUCGAUUGGAAUUUGGAGGCACCAUAAAUAGGUCUCUCUCCGAAAAAUUUUCCGGAGCCGGUGUCAUUAUAUGUAUGAUCGAAAUGCAUUUUCCAAGCCCAGGAACGGCAGAAAAUAGCAAGUCACCUAGCAAUGGUGGACUGGUGGCUCGGGUAGAAAACGAUUGGGAUGUGUGGCUGCCUAUGCUGCCUCAAGUGAACGAAUUUCCAUGGACACUACAAGACAUUUCAAAAGUUCUUCGCCUCGGUAGAACUCGGGAACAUUUUCGCGCCAUUUCUCCACAGGCCGUGGAACGCGUGUCGUUUCUGUUACAGCGACCUCUACUGCGAAUUGUACGGGAAGCGAAACGGAUUUCCGUGCGGUAUUCGAAAUGUUCCAAGCACGAGAUCCAAACGAGUAUUCGCUUGGUUCUUUCGCUGUCCAUGGCUAGGACGUGUAUGACCCUUGCAUCCAAAGCAUUUUCUCUGUACUCUAUGUCCAGUGAUAGAUUUCGCAGAUGUAAGAGAGCCCGCUGCGGAUUGAUUCUUCCAGUGGGUAAAAUGUUUCGCUGGCUGGUCAACAUGAAAGUGGCCGCUUGUAUCUAUGACGCGGCAGCAAUUUACCUGAGCGCUACUUUAGAAUACAUCGCUGAGGAGCUUGUCUAUAGAGCUGUCAACAAUCUGGAGGGUAUUGACCAAGUUACUCCUGAAGUGCUCGAAGAGUGGAUCAAUGCUGAUGGUGAUGUAUGGGGAAUGUUCCAGCCAUACUAUCAUCUUCUUUCCGGUAGAACAGCUUUUGGUAUCACAGAUUCUAUCGAGAUGUACGCAGCUCCUAAGAAAGCCCCAAGCAGCCCCAAGACAGGUUCUCCAAGGCGAAUGGGAUUGGACAAAUGUUUGACGACCACCUGUGUCACAUCUGUGGCUGAAUUGACGGAGCUGGUACAACAGGCCCGACAGCGUUUCACCGAUUCGUACCAAAGCAAAGAUAACAAGUUGAUGUCUCAAGUGGACUGGGCAACAAAUGCACUGCACGCUCUGUUUUAUUUCAUGAAGUGUUCCCAUCAAAUUGACGAGGACAUUUCGGAUAUUCUGGCAGCCACGAGACGUGCACACUCCCAUCUUCCCCCGCUGGUUGAGUGGCUGAGAGUAGCGGGCCUGUAUGUCGAUCACCGCGGUAGUGCUAUAGUCGAUGAUGAUGACGUGAGACAAGCAGCUAGAUUGCUGAUGCCUUUUAAUGAUUGUGAGCCACGAGCCUUGUGCCCCACAGAUUUGUUGACUGUUUCUAGUUCCCUGUCCCCCUCGGCCGCAACCGUCAGCUUUCAACAUGACCUGGGCCUGCGCCUUCUUUUAAGCGGAAGAGUCGACGUAAUACCGCAAGCUCUUGUUAUGUUAGGACCUGAGAAAAUCAACGCUAUCAAUUUAGAGGGAAUGACGCCGCUGAUGUACGCAUGCGCUUACGGUAACGAGGUUCUUGUGAAGAUGCUGAUAGAAUACCACGCGUUACUAGACACUCAGGUUCCAAAUAACAAACAGAUCUAUCCACUUGUAAACUUGGAGCUCAUCUCCUGGACUGCUCUGUCUUUUGCGGCUAUAAAAGGUCACGUAAACGUGUGUCAGCUAUUGUUAGACGCUGGAGCAAAUCCAAACGGAGCUAUGAGUCAUGGAAGAGAACACCAAGUGGAGACAUCAUUACAAUUGGCCGCCGCAACAGGUAAUUACGAAAUCGUCUCCAUGCUCCUGAGGAAAACUGCAGAUCCCUAUGUCAGCGUUAACACGUGUUCUUUCAGCCCAGGAUCGCGGGGGUUUGGAAACGCAUUUGCUGCUGCGGCUGCGCAUGGGCACAAAAACAUCCUGCGGAAACUACUGGAGGAGCCUGGUCCACGACAGGAAAACGAAAUGUUGUCACUUACAGAAAUUCUUUCCGAGGGUUCCCUCCUAGAUGAAGGAAACGAAAUGAAAUUAACAAAGAAAAGAAGCAAGGCUCUUGAGGAGGCUGUGUACCACAGCUGUGAGCAUGGAUUCCUUGACAUCGCAAUGGAGUUAAGAAGUUUGGGUGUGCCAUGGAACAUUCAUUGUUGGAGUCAAACUGUUGGUCACGCUUACGAACAAGGACAGAAGGCGUUCCUCAAAUGUCUGUUGCGUGACUUUCAGUCAAUGCCGACUAGUGAGUACGCUAGUAACAUCUGUGAGGACGGACUUGGCAUCCUGUUCAAUAUCUUGAAGGAAUGCGAGGACCUUACUCUGUCGAAGGAACUUGCCUCAGUGCUCUCGUGUUGUUUUGGCCGUCAGCCUCUAAAGGAAAUCAAGAUACUUCCCAUAACACAGACGUCCAUCAGAAUCGGUCCAGAUUACAUUAACAGCCCUGAGAUGUCUGACGUCACGUUUAUUGUUCAAGGACGACCGUUUUACGCUCAUAAAAUCAUUCUGGCUACCGCCUCUAAGAAGUUU